AUGUCUCAACAACUUUCGCACGACCCUCGUACUGAUGUUGGUACAGUCGCCAUGAGGGAUCUGUACAUGAAAACCGGCCAAGGUUUUCUUCUUGUAUUCAGUAUCACAUCGACUUCCUCCCUAAGCGAACUGGCAGGUUUGCGCGAAGAAAUUAUCCGCAUAAAAGACGAUGAAAAUGUACCUCUUGUUAUCGUCGGUAACAAAGCCGAUUUGGAGGAGAAUCGCGCUGUGCCCCGAGCCAAGGGCUUCUCCAUCUCACAACGAUGGGGCGCACCCUACUAUGAGGCUAGCGCGAGGACAAGGACCAACGUUGAUGAGGUCUUUAUCGAUCUCUGCAGGCAAAUGCUGCGUAAGGAGGACGAACAACACGCGAAUGACGGGCCCAAUGACGACUACAAGUAUGAUCACGGCCGGAGUUCUCAUAGACGUCAACGACGUCGCCGAAAGAAGGAUUCACCACGAUGUGUGAUCCUGUGA